AUGAUAAAAAGUAAAUUUUUUUGUAAAUCCCUGAAAUUCUUUAUGCAUCCAUAUUCAAAAAUAAAAAAUGAAAAAUCAUUUAUAGAUUUAAAUUUUAUAAAAGGAUAUAGUAACUUUAUAAAAAAGAAAUGUGUACCAUAUGAUAAAAAAAAAUAUAUUUUUUGUAAUAAGAAUAGAUUAAUAAGUAAUGUUGGAAAUAAGAUAAAUAAAAAAGAAUCGGAGGAACAAUAUGAUAGUGAUGAUGAUAAUGAUAAAUUGGUAUUAAAUGACGAUGAGGAUGAUGAGAAAAAACAAGUACAUAUUAACAAUAAAACAGAAGCAACUAAUAUAACAAAUAUAAAUAAAAAUAUUGAAAAUAUUAAAAACGAUAUGUCAAAUUUAAAUAAUAUGAAUGAUUCUAACCAAAAAAUAAAAAUGAAGAAUAAAGGAAAAUAUGAUUCAGAUGUCAUCAUAAUGUAUGAUCACUUUUUUCAGUUACCCCAAAAUUUCCUUUCGUCAAAAUUAAGUGAAGAAGAAAUCGAAUAUAUAAAUACUGGAAUAUAUAACCCAGAUUUUGAUAAUUAUAUUAACAAUAUAGUUAUGAAAAAGAAAAAAUAA